CAGCGCAGGCGCACUGCGUGUUGGAACGGAGUCUCUCCUGAGUGAGCGUCUCCCCCUCCCCAGGCUGAGGGUGGUGGCCGCGCUUCCGCGAGCGAGGCGGGGCGGCAGCGCGAGGCGGUGAUGCGCUGCUGGGACAGGUCGAGGCGCCGCGCAGGUAGCUGAGGGGGCGGGGAGAGGUGGGGAAAGCCGCUGGUACCGCCCCGCCCCUGCUCCAGCUGCGCCAUUGGGAGCUCCCUGCCCGCGGCUGCUGCCGGCGAGGGGCGCCGAACCGUUAGCUGCGGAGCCCUGGCGAAUCUGUCCUUGAAGGCAUCAUCAUGUCCCCUGUUGUUGUGGUUGUUCCUGCGAGUCUCCAAAUAUAGGAGAAUCAUGUGUCCUGUAUUUACAACAAUCAUGAGAAUAAUGCAUAGCUCUUCAGGCUCCGUGCUUCUGUUAUAGAUGGUGGACAUCAAAAAGUAUCACAGGUGAUCCUGUGAAUUAAUGUUCCAUCAAAGAUGGCAGAACACCCUCCACUACUGGAUACCACUCAGAUUAUAAGUAGUGAAAUUCCUCUUCUACCUGCCCCUAUUGUUAGUGGGGAUGGAGCACAACAGGUUAUUCUGGUGCAAGUUAAUCCAGGGGAGGCUUUUACAAUAAGAAGAGAAGAUGGACAGUUUCAGUGCAUUACAGGUCCUGCUCAGGUUCCAAUGAUGUCCCCAAAUGGUUCAGUGCCUCCUAUUUAUGUGCCUCCUGGAUAUGCCCCACAGGUUAUUGAAGACAAUGGUGUUCGAAGGGUUGUGGUGGUUCCCCAGGCUCCAGAAUUUCACCCUGGCAGUCAUGCAGUAAUACAUCGGCCUCCGCAUCAUCCGUUGCCUGGUUUCAUUCCUCUUCAAGCCAUGAUGCCCCCUCCACCACGACAUAUAUACUCAACAGUGACUGGAGCAGGUGAUAUGGCUUCGCAGUAUAUACCACAGUAUCACACUUCACAGGUAUAUGGAGAUCUGGAUGCUCUCUCUACCCAUGGAAGGUCCAACUUUAGAGAUGAAAGGUCUAGUAAAACAUACGAACGUUUACAGAAAAAAUUAAAAGAUCGGCAUGGAACACAGAAAGAUAAAUUGAACAGUCCGCCACCAUCACCUCAGAAAUGUCCUUCUCCCACAAAUGAACAUAAUGGACUUGUGAAAGGACAGGACGCAAGUAGUGUCAGCACAGGAUCUACAAAGAGCAAGUCUUCGGGGAAAGGAAAAUGUAAUUCUCAAGUGGAUACAGAAGUAGAAGAAAAGGAUGAAGAAACAAAAGCACUCGAAGCACUUCUUUCGAAUAUUACCAAGCCAGUGAUAUCAGACAUUCAGGCACGGACAGUAGUACUUGCAUGGUCCCCUCCAUCCAGUGCCAUCAAUGGGGAUGCUGACAAGAAUAAUGUGCCGGAGGUGUAUGUUUAUGAAGUUCUGAUUUCAAACACCGGAAAAGAUGGAAAAUACAAAACUGUAUAUACUGGAGAAAAAACUAGUGUUACCAUAAAUGAUCUCAGGCCAGCAACUGAUUACCAUGCAAGAGUCCAAGCAGAAUGCAACUGCAUAAAGGGAAGCCCUUCAGAAGCUGAGAGUUUUACAACAAUGAGCUGUGAACCUGAUACUCCAAAUCCUCCAAGGAUAACUAACCGGACCAAAAAUUCUCUCACUCUGCAAUGGAAGACAUCUUGUGACAAUGGCUGUAAAAUCCACAAUUAUCUUUUAGAAUGGGACGAGGGAAAAGGAAAUGGAGAGUUUUGUCAGUGUUACUAUGGCCAACAGAAGCAGUAUAGAAUUACUAAACUAUCACCAGCAAUGGGGUACACCUUUAGACUGGCAGCCAAAAAUGACAUGGGCAUGAGUGGUUUUAGUGAAGAAGUCCUGUAUCAUACCUCAGGCACUGCCCCAUCAAUGCCAGCCAGUCCUAUGCUGAUUAAAGCUGGAGUUACCUGGUUAUCCUUACAGUGGACUAAACCCUCAGGAACACCAACAGAUGAAGGAAUCUCUUAUAUUUUAGAGAUGGAGGAUGAGACCUCAGGAUAUGGUUUCAAACCAAAAUACGAUGGAGAUGAUCUCACCUGCACAGUGAAGAAUCUUAGACGUAGUACAAAGUAUAAAUUUAGGGUCAUUGCCUAUAACUUGGAAGGCAAAAGCAGUCCAAGUGAGGUAGUCGACUUUACUACUUGCCCAGACAAGCCUGGAGUACCUUCAAAACCAUCAGUUAAAGGAAAAAUUCAUGCACAAAGUUUUAAAAUAAUUUGGGAUCCACCAAAAGACAAUGGAGGGGCAGCAAUAACUAAAUAUGUCGUGGAGAUUUCUGAAGGCUCAAAUGGAAACAACUGGGACGUAAUAUACAGUGGAGCUGCUAGGGAACAUUUGUGUGAUCGACUACAUCCAGGCUGCUCUUAUCGCUUACGUGUAUACUGUACUGGGGAAGGAGGGCAGAGUGCGGCAUCUGAUUCUUUAUUGGUGCAGACACCAGCAGUGCUUCCUGGUCCAGGCCAACCUCCCAGACUACAGGGUAGACCAAGAGCAAAAGAAAUUCAGCUGAGAUGGGGACCACCUCAAGCAGAUGGUGGAUCACCUAUUACCUGUUAUGGUCUGGAAAUGUCUUCUGUGGAAACAGAUGAACACAGAGAGGUUUACCAAGGCUCUGAUGUUGAAUGCACCGUAAGCAACCUUCUUCCUGGAAAGACAUACAGCUUUAGGCUGCGAGCAGCUAACAAAGCUGGGUUUGGACCCUAUUCAGAGAAAUGUGAAAUUACUACAGCCCCUGGACCACCGGAUCAGUGCAAACCCCCUCAAGUGACAUGUAGAUCGGCAACAUGUGCACAGGUGUAUUGGGAGGUCCCAGUAAAUAAUGGAGCUGACAUCACAGAAUACCGUUUGGAGUGGGGCAGUGUGGAAGGAUGCAUGCAGAUCUGUUACUGUGGGACUGGACUCAAUUAUGAAAUGAAAGGACUUUUGCCUGCAACUAUAUAUUACUGCAGGGUUCAGGCCGUGAAUGUUGCAGGCGCAGGACCUUUCAGUGAAGUAGUUGUAUGCAUGACACCAGCCUCUGUACCUGCAGUUGUGACCUGUCUUCAGGGAAGAAGUGAAGAUGAAGUGGAGAGUCCACACUAUUCACCUUCCACAUGCCUUGCCAUAAGCUGGGAAAAGCCCUGUGACCAUGGUUCUGAAAUCCUUGGCUACAGCAUAGACUAUGGAGAAAAGCAGCCUGUAACUGUUGGGAAGGUUUCAAGCUAUUUCAUAGACAAUUUGCAGCCAGACACAACAUACAGAAUACGAAUUCAAGCCCUAAAUAGUCUUGGAGCAGGUCCUUUCAGCCACACAAUAAAACUGAAAACAAAGCCACUCCCUCCUGAUCCGCCUCGCCUGGAAUGUGCUGUAUACAGUUCUCAGACUCUCAAGCUAAAAUGGGGAGAGGGAACUUCAAAAGCAUUAACUGACUCCAUUCAGUAUCACCUUCAAAUGGAAGAUAAGAAUGGAAGAUUUAUAUCCUUAUACAGAGGACCAUGUCAUACAUACAAAGUACAAAGACUCAUUGAGUCAACAUCCUACAAAUUUUGUAUUCAGGCUUGUAAUGAAGCUGGUGAAGGUCCACUUUCUCAAGAGUACAUUUUCACGACUCCCAAAUCUGUUCCAACUGCCUUGAAAGCGCCAAGAAUAGAGAGAGUAAAUGAUCACACUUGUGAAAUCACAUGGGAGGUUUUGCAACCAAUGAAAGGUGAUCCAAUUAUUUAUAGUCUUCAGGUCAUGGCGGGAAAAGAUUCAGAAUUCAAACAGAUUUAUAAAGGGCCUGACUGGUCAUUCCGGUAUUCAGGCCUCCAGCUGAACUGUGAAUAUCGUUUUCGUGUGUGUGCCAUUCGACAGUGCCAAGAAACAGUAGGUCAUCAGGACCUGAUAGGCCCCUACAGUACCACAGUACUAUUCAUCUCUCAGAGAACUGAACCACCAACCAGCACCAACAAAGACACUGUGGAAAUCUCAAGGACACAACAGACACUAAGUGAUGAACAGUGUGCUGCUGUCAUCCUUGUGCUCUUUGCUACCUUUUCCAUUCUGAUUGCCUUUAUCAUUCAGUACUUCGUAAUAAAGUGAGAAAAACCAUUUUCUUUUAGAAUGCUGCCCAUUACAUUUUACAUUCUCAUAUUCUAAAAAUAUUUCUGUUCUCUUGCUUUUACAAAAACAGGCAUUUAGCAUCAGCAUUGGGACUGUAGCACAUCUUUUCAGCCACUUAAAAUGCUUAUUAAGUAGACACUGGCACAGAUUAUAGAAUGCAAGCCACAGAAAUAUUUCCUUUAACAUGCCUUCUUGCAGUACAAACUUUAUAUAAGGCAAGCAAUGUAUCAUUAUAAGGUUAUGACCAAUAAGCAGGAGCGUAAUAAUGGUAACCUGGUCCACAUUUUUAAGGAUUAGUACCUUAAGGGGGGGAUGGGGAAAUGAGUAAAAUGUAUUUAAAAGUUACACUAACAAACUUGUGCUGUAUAAAAUGUUAGUCUGAUGCUGUGAAAGCAAUCUAGCGCUGUAUUUCUACCUCCUCAUUUCUCUUAAUUAUUUGGGAAGCAGGAUUAUGAUGAAAAUAGAAGGGGCUUUUCUCAGGCAGUAAACUGGAUGGAAGUGAAUGCAUGAAAGAAGAUUCUUAUCGAAAUGUAGAGUUUUCCACUGCAAGUAUACAUUUUGUAAGACUAAAAAGAUAUUGCACAAAUGGUUUAUCUUGGCCCCGAUAUGUUUACUCAUAAAAAUGCCUCUUUAGCUUCCUACAGACAUGGAAGAGAGAGAGCUUUUUUGAUCUAACACUAUAAAGAAGUAAGUUAAAAAUCAUUUUUGAAAUAAGACCUUUAUUUGAUUGGGUGCUGUUUAUAUAGAUAUAUGUGCCCUCUAUUGAUAAUGUGUAUAAAUUUUCUUGGAUAACCAUAAUUUUUGCUGUUACCCCUACAUUCACUUGCCGUGGCCACCGGAAUGAAGCACUGCCUUUGUUCUUUGGGGCACCAAAUCGGGCGAAGGGGGGAUUGUAAUAAUUUGCACCAGAAAACUUCAACCUUCUUUUUCCUGAGAACCUAACGUUUAAUGUAAUGUCUCUUUGGAUACUGUACCAAAUUGUUGAUUGCAUGUAGUUAAUGUUGCAUUAGAGCACUUUGCAAUUGCAUAAUUCAUCGAUGUUUUGUGAGCUUGCAUUUGUGAGUUCUUGAAUGACCAGACUUAACUUUAUCAAGUAGCCCGUGGAACAUCUUGCCAGAUGUCAAUGACUGCCAGUUACAUAAAGCUUGUAGUGAAACUAUCUUAAAAAAAUUCUUGUCUCAUCACACUUACAAUUAUCUGUUAUCCAUUUUGUAAUUAGCUUUAAUUUAUUUCAGUUACAAGAUAGUGGAUCACUAAUGACUUCUACUUGUGUUGGAUUUAGCAUUUUAAUGGUAUUAAGCACUUCUGUCAGUCUUAAAAUAAUAAUAAAAAGAACCUCUGUCUUGUGUUUUGAAGAUCUCUGAAGAAUUUCUCUUAUAUUAGAACGGGCAUGUAUUGUAAUUGUUUCUACGUCCAAUGAUCUGUGCUGUAGAAUAAUGUUGUUGAGUUUUGUUUUAAAAAAGAAAUGGAUAAGAACUUGGCCCUCAAGUGGUAAGAAUGAUCUGUCUUUAAAAUGUACUGUAUGUUUACAUUUUAUUUUAAAUUUGUCACUUUUAUGUAGAGGCUAAUAUCUUCCCACAAAAUACAGUGACAGCAGAUAUUUUCUAGAACCUUCUUAAAGUGCCAUGUUCGGCAGUACAAAUGAGAUUGAGUGUAAUAGCCCAGAGAUUUCUAUAUGGUUGAAUGUCUAAAAUGGUAAGAUUUGUCACUCCAGUUAAACUGCAGUGGCUUAUGUUUUUCAUAGUAAAAUUCAAAUGAACUCCUAUUUUUGAUAGUAAAUGUCAUUUAAUAGUGUAUUUGCCAUUUGAACCUCAGUGCAGAUUACUGCAGUGAAGACGGUUUUUAAUGUAAUCUUAAUUUUACCUCAUAUACUGUACAUUCCAAAAAAACUCUAAACUUUUUAAAACGUUAUAGAUACAGUACCAAACAUAUCACUUUAAACUUGUAUAAUGUUGGACUUCAUACAGAUUAAAAAUGUAUAAUCUCAUAGAAAUAUACACAAACUAUGUAGCAAAAGUAUCUUUAAAAUGUGUGGAAAAUAAAAGUAUCAUUCUUUUUCCA